UCAAAGGAUCAUAGAUGGCCUCCUUAUAUGUCAUUGUUUUGUGUUCAUCAAUGUCAAUAUGGUUGUGCAUAGAAAUGGGAAAGAAAAUAUAAAGAAAAAUGCCCAAAACUAGGGUUCCUGAGUUACCCAAAUUAAGAAUACGAAGAGGUAUGCAAAUAUCCUGAAAGGGAGGCCCAAAUCUAAGGGGCCAAAUCCGAUGAUGAAGACACGCGGCGAUUUACAGGGCAUGUUUCCCCCUUCGCCCUUCGGCCUUAUUCCACCACUCCUUCGCUUCUUCCUUCCUUCCCUCCUCCACUCUCUCCUUCUAUUUCUUCAUUCCUCCUUCCCCUUCUUUCGUCUCUCAAGUCUCAACCCACAAGAACUAACCACCAACCUCUUUUCCCCCUUUUCUUCUUUUUUCCCACUGCAUUCCUUCCUAUUUCGAAUCAUCCCUCCUUCUAGCUAAUGGCAGAUGUUCAACCCCCCGACGCCCAGAUGAACGGCGGUCCUGCCCCUCUCGUCGUCUCCUCCGAUACCGUUGGAUCCAAACGCCAGCGAAGGCCUAGCGUCCGAUUGGGGGAUAUCGGCGGCGACCAGCCCUACGAUUCCCAUGCUCGCCGCACGAAUAAGCCUUGGAAGUUUGGUUUGGAAAAUCGCAAGGACGCCGCUGUCUCUGCUAAGAACUCUAAAACUCGUCCCUUGACCAACUUGAGCUCGGCCGGGGAAUUUCAGGAGACCGUAGAUGGCGAAGACAAAGAGAACAAUUUGGAUAGUGUUGCAAUUGGGAGCUGGAGGUUAAAGGAUUCGAAGCGGAGAGCCUCCGCGGGCACCAAGAGGGUGAGGACUAAUUGGGUAUCCUCGAAGCACGACGAAGGCGGAGGAGGUGGGGAACGGGAAGGCGAUGAAAAGUACAGCGGGGGGGAGGAUGUGGAUGAGGGGUAUCGGGAUUACGAGAUUGAGAACUCGGAAAGUCCGUUGAAAGAGCAGAGCUCAAUGCAUUCGCUUGAGAAUUUGGGGAUAGAAGGUCAGGGGAACGAAAGGGAGAUGCUUUAUCAGGGGAAUAGAAGAUGUAUCCGGUCUAGGGUUUCGGAGGGCAGGGAGCAGCAAGAAGGGCUGGAAUUUUCAGGGCCUUCGGAUACGGACGCGAGGAAUUGGAAAUGCGGGACUAGCGGUGAUAGGAAUGGGAAUGGUGGGAGAGGAGUAUGUGGGGAAGACGGGGUUAGAGUUUGGCUCAACGGCUUAGGGUUAGGUCGGUAUGCUCCAGUUUUUGAAAUUCACGAGGUGGACGAUGAGGUUUUGCCAAUGUUGACACUCGAGGAUCUCAAGGAUAUGGGAAUAACUGCAGUUGGGUCCCGGAGAAAAAUGUACUGCGCAAUCCAGAAGUUGGGGAAGGGAUUUUCAUAGAGUUUUGGUCUCAAAUGUAUCCCAAAACUGCAAUGUAUCUCAAACUUGUGUUUCUCUCACCCAUUUUGCUACAUUUUCUCGUAUUGGACGCUGAAGCUUCUUUUGUUACUCUUUCAUAUUUCUGAUUUUAGUGCUUACAUCUUCUCCUCUA